CAGUCUCCAACAAUAACAAUAAUGGAUACCAUGACAGCAGGAAUGUCUACAAUUAUCACCUGUGCAACCUUAGGAGGCUGUAGUCGGAUGCCUCCAAAUAUCACCUGGGUUGGCUUUCCCAAGCCCAUCAAACCUCAUGUGCACUUGAAUGAGACCCAUUACACCUCAGUGGUGGAUUUCUCACCUUCUCCUGAAGACAACAAUAGGAAUAUCACCUGCAUGGUCAAUUACAUAAAUGAGACUAAACCUGUUCCCAGACAGGAUACCGUCCAACUAAAAGUCAUGUAUACAACCCUGAUUUUUAUUGUGACUGGUGUCCUCAUCGUGCUCGGUCUCAUUGUGCUAAUCCCUGGAAUCAUCCUGGCUUCUAAAAGAUACCAGAGGAAGAGAAAAACGAUUACAGACUCAAAAGCAGUAAAUACCUUAACGAAUGUCAAGAAACCCAGCACUUUGGACCUCGCUGCUCAGGAAGUGAACGGCGUUGCCUCCAAAUCAAGAAGCCCCCACGAAUCUGUGGAUGGAGACCCUGAAGAAAUCCAUUACGCGACUCUUAGAUUCAAUGUGCCAAAUCCUAAUCCAGAUGUAGCUGCAGAAGACAUCCAAACGGAUUAUGCUGAAAUCUGUCCUUCCAAUUCUCAGGGAAAAGAAGCAUGAAGGUUUUUAAGGGAAUUCCUCUCUUCUGAUUAGCAGUCCUCAGAAGUUUGCCAGUUCCUGUUUACAUUGCGCCUUGACUCUGUUUCUGUAUCCUCUUUGGAGAUAGGAGCUGCCUAUCCAGCUGUUAAGCCCCGAACAGCACAGCAGGCCGAGGGAAGCAAAACUCCCUUAGAAUUCCAUCAAUCAACGUUAAUAUCAAGAAGGGCUGCGAUAUAGACUUUUGGAAACCAAAUGCACAAAACUAUUCCGUAUUUAUGAAUGUGGGGGGUGGUCAGUGGUGGGUUUCACAUCUUGUUAUCACCGGUUUGCCAUGCAUGCACGCCCCCGCUUCACAUAUGUGCCUCUUCCACAUAUGUGCCCAGCUUUCCAUGCAUGUGCUUUGCUCACAGGUGUGCCUUCUGCACAUAUGCCCGGCCUCAAAAAUGUGCCUAAAGA